GGAAAUUUUGCUCGACAAUACUAUGAUGAUGAUACUCUUUCUGUCAUGCAACUCAGCUUCAGUUGCCGUCCCAUCUUCUAAUGACCAGUGCAACAGAUACCCCCUGCAAUACCGCUCUUUCUACCCUGUACCCUGUGACGGUUCGUUUUGUCGUCAUACCGCCGGUGCAUAUAUAAGUCCGUCUAGGGAUUCAUUGAAAUGCCUGGACCUACCGCGCAAUCUUAUAGCUCUAUGCUGUAUUACUGAGGCACGAUCACAGAUUAAUGGCUAUAUGAUCAGGCCUGGACCUACCGCGCAAUCUUAUAGCUCUAUGCUG